GGAGUAUCCGAUCCCAGCUCACCGAAGAUAAGAGAUGGAAGACGGGGCAAAUGACAAACGGAUUUCCAGCUGGUAGAUAAACUAAACAAAUAUAUAUCAGAACUCCCGGCGGAUUUCUUCGCCAGCGAUGGAGGCCGUACAAUUCUCGACCGUUGCCUCCCGCCACUUUCCUUCGAAGUCCUUGCCGAAGAGCUCCAGUAGCUGGUCUAGCUGCAAAUGUGCGAGGAAUUCUGCUAAAGCAGUCCGUUCUUCAUGGAGCGGUUCGAGCAGCGUUGUUUCUCUUUCGUCCAGAAAUCCGUUAACUAGACAACUGUGGGGUUGGGUGAAUAGCAGGAGCGUUGCUUUGAGAAGAGAUACGCGUGGCGUGGUGAGAGCAGAAAUGUUCGGGCAGUUGACGAGCGGGCUUGAAAAUGCCUGGAACAAGCUCAGAGGAGAAGAGGUUCUGACGAAGGAAAAUAUAGUGGAGCCUAUGAAGGAUAUUAGGAGAGCUCUUCUGGAAGCAGAUGUAAGCCUUCCAGUUGUUAGAAGGUUUGUUCAAUCAGUUAGUGAGGAAGCCGUUGGGGUAGGCCUGAUACGAGGAGUGAAGCCUGAUCAGCAAUUGGUCAAGAUUGUACGUGAUGAACUUGUGAAAUUAAUGGGAGGAGAGGUCUCAGAACUAGUUUUUGCAAAAUCUAGCCCUACAGUCAUAUUAUUGGCUGGUCUACAAGGAGUUGGCAAGACGACAGUAUGUGCAAAGCUGGCAAACUAUCUUAAGAAACAGGGAAAGAGUUGCAUGCUUGUUGCUGGAGAUGUGUACAGACCUGCUGCUAUUGAACAACUUAUCAUUUUAGGUGAACAGGUGGGUGUUCCUGUUUAUACAGAGGGGGCGGAUGUCAAGCCUGCUGAAAUAGCUAGGAAAGGCUUAGUGGAGGCUAAAAAACAAAAUGUAGAUGUUUUGAUAGUUGAUACUGCUGGAAGGCUUCAGAUAGACAAAGGGAUGAUGGAUGAAUUGAAAGACGUGAAGAAAGUCCUGAGCCCAACUGAGAUUUUGCUUGUUGUUGAUGCUAUGACAGGCCAAGAAGCUGCAGCACUGGUGACUACUUUCAAUGUUGAAAUUGGAAUCACGGGUGCCAUUUUGACAAAGCUAGAUGGAGAUUCCAGAGGUGGGGCUGCUCUGAGUGUUAAAGAGGUAUCAGGAAAGCCAAUCAAACUUGUAGGUCGAGGAGAGAGAAUGGAUGACCUGGAACCUUUCUACCCAGAUCGUAUGGCUGGACGUAUUUUAGGAAUGGGAGACGUUCUCUCAUUUGUGGAGAAAGCACAAGAAGUAAUGCGCCAAGAAGAUGCCGAAGACCUUCAAAAGAAGAUAAUGAGCACAACAUUCGAUUUCAAUGAUUUCCUGAAGCAAACUCGUGCAGUCGCACGCAUGGGUUCCAUGACUCGUGUCCUUGGCAUGAUCCCAGGGAUGGGAAAGGUAACUCCUGUUCAAAUUCGAGAAGCAGAGAAAAGCUUAAAGAUCGUGGAAGCGAUGAUUGAAGCAAUGACUCCAGAGGAAAGAGAGAAGCCUGAGUUGUUGGCAGAGUCAUCAGUUAGGAGGAAAAGGAUUGCACAAGCGUCUGGGAAAACAGAGCAGCAGGUGAGCCAACUUGUUGCCCAACUUUUCCAAAUGCGAGUUCGGAUGAAGAAUAUGAUGGGUGCAAUGGAAGGUGAAUCUAUUCCUGCUCUGAGCAAUCUUGAAGAUUCCCUGAAGGCUGUACAGAAGGCUCCUCCUCGUACCGCAAGAAGGAAGAGAAUAUCAGAAUCCAAGAAGCAGUCAUUAUCUUCGAGGCCCAGUCCCCGUGGUUUCGGUUCAAGCAAUUAGGAUCUGUCCACUCAUUAAAAGAUAGAAGUCCCAUAUCCUGCAACAAUCACAUUUUUUUUUAAGGGUGAUAUAUAUAUUUUAUUAAACGAGCAAACUAAGAGAAGAAAAGGGAAAUUACAAAGGGUCCAAACAAUCGUGAGAGGCAAUCUCUCACCAAAGACCCUGGGAUGCCACAGAGGCAAAGCCAGUGGCCACUAUCCUUUUGAGGUAAGGUAACAAGCGAAGAGCAAAAGCAAUGCAACACAACUCAACUCAGCGAAGCAGUGAAUUAACUUCUUUCCCGUCCGAAUUUGCUAGCUUGUUCUGGGCGGGAGGAGUUUAGCUUUCAUUCCACGAAGCCAUUGUGCAGCAAUCUGUUGAUUGACCUUCUUUGUGGCAGUAAGCCAUCCGUAGAUAGCGAAUCCGAUUCUGUGGGCUAGCUAUUUGUUCGUCGCUUCUUCUUCCUCCUUGAAGAUCAGCGCUUUCUUUCCAGCCACAUUCUCUAGCAAAAGGUGUGUAAAAACACUUUUGAACACCACUGGGAUGGAGCAUUUGGUUGCCCUUGGCACCAUAGCUAAAUUCUGUUCGAGAUGUCUACAGUCGUGCUACCAUACCCUUCCAUCUUGACAAAGUGUUUUGGUGUGGUCCAGAUCGAUUUGGAGAGCUUGCAGUCAAUGAAUAAGUGGUUGACCG